AUGGAGAACUUGGACGUGCUGGGGUUCCUCAUCGUCACGCUGAACUGCAAUGUGACCAUCGUGGGAAAGCUCUGGCUGCUUUUCGCGGUCCUGCUGAGGCUGGGCGUGAUCGUCCUGGCGGGGUACCCGGUCUACCAGGACGAGCAGGAGCGGUUUGUCUGCAACACUCUGCAGCCAGGCUGUGCCAACGUUUGCUACGACAUCUUCUCCCCGGUGUCCCAGCUGCGCUUCUGGCUGGUCCAGGCUGUGUCCGUGCUCCUGCCUUACGCCGUGUUCAGCAUCUGUGUCCUUCACAAAGGCGCCCAGCUCGCCCUGCAGGGAGCCCGCCUGCCGGACAGAGGGGCCCCGGGCGUGCCGGACUUCUCCUGCGGCUACCUCAUCCAGCUGUGCUUCCGGACCCUGAUGGAGGCUGCCUUUGGGGCCUGGCAUUACCUCCUCUUUGGGUUCGUGGUCCCCAAGAGAUUCUCUUGCACGCACUCUCCUUGCUCCAGCGUGGUGGAUUGCUACGUCUCUCGGCCCACGGAGAAGUCCAUCCUGAUGCUCUUCGCCUGGACCGUGAGUGUCCUCUCCUUCCUCCUCAGCGCCGCAGAUCUGGUCUGCAGUGUGCAGAGAAGGAUGCGCCGGAGGAGAGGCCCCGGGCAGGCUGUGAGCCGCACCUGCGGCAGCGAGGGGUGUGGAGCCAGAGGGAGCGAGCCCGGAGGGUGGGAGGAAGAGGCGGCGCCAUCUCUCCCUGGUGGGUGGGAGGGGGGACAGAGUGCCAACGACCCCAGGGCUCGGUCUGCCGUGUCAGGCCAGGUGGCACCAUUGGACGAAGACAGGAGUGAGGGGCUGUCCUCAGCCAGUGACAAGGUGCCGCCGGCCCACAGAGAGCCCGGGGGCGGUUGUCCUGGAGAGGCUGCCCAGGACCCAAGGAGCAAGGGCUUCAACCGAUCAGAGGUGCGGCCCUGCGCCUCUCGGAGCCACUUGGCCCGCCACUAUUCCUCUGGCCUGCUGCACCCUCCUGAGCAGCUGGCCUCCGCCGGAAGUGUCCCCUACCUGAGAACCAAGAAGUCUGAGUGGGUGUGA